GCCACCGGACGGAAAAUCGACAAGCCGUUCAUCAAGGAAGCGCUGAAGCGUGUGACGGCGGCCAUAGUGCACGUGGAGCCGCGCGUGUACGUGUCCAGGCUGCUGCGGCCGGGGGCCCAGGCUCAGCCGGUGUCCGCGGCGCCGGUGUCGCCAUCGUCACCCGACUCCGCCGACUCGGCGGAGGCGUGGCGGGCGGGCUCGCUGCCGCCCAGCUUCCCUUCGCCUCUGACGCGACACCGCACCUUCAGCCCGUCGGCGCUGGUCGGCAGCCUGGACAAGAGCAUCACCCAGAUCACCGACUGGCUGGCGCUCAUUACGCGCAUGUGUGAGCGCCCCGUGGUGGUCGGCGACGCCGAGGACGUGGCCAAGAUGACCGCGAAGCACAAGAACGUGUUACGCGAGCUGGAGUCGCGCAAGCCCCAGCUGAGUGAUCUGGUCAACUCCGCCGACGGACUGAAGGACGACUCCAACCGGCAGCAGGUGCACACUAAAGUGAGCCAGCUGAGAGAGGGCUGGGACCAGACAGAGGCGGCCGUGCACCGGCGACUCAGCCAGCUGGAGACAGCGCGGCUGGACUCGGCCGGCUGGGAGGCGGCGCGGGCUGAGCUGGCCGGCUGGCUGGGCCGGCUGGAGACGCGCGUCGAUCAGCUGCCGCCUAUGGGCCACACGGCCGACAUGCUGGAGGCGCAGAUCAAGGAGCAGAAGGCGCUGCACCUGGAGGUGCACCAGUACAAGCAGCGCAUGGAGGCAUUCAGCCAGCUGACGCAGCAGCUGAUCGCCAGCUGCCAGCGCGAGGACACGCGCCACAUCAAGCGGACCAUGGAGCAGGUCAACCAGCGCUACAGCAGCUUGAACGCCAGCAUUAUCGCGCGCGGCAAGAGCCUCCACUCGGCCGUGUCGUCGCUCUCCAACUUUGACCAGGCGCUGGAGCGCUUCUCGGCCUGGAUGUCGGAGACCGAGUCUCAGCUGGAGUACAUCGACGGCGAGGUGGACCGGCUCGGUGCCAGGCAGGACGCCCAGGCGCUCAAGACGCCCUGCAACCAGCUGAAGGUCAGUCGUCGGCUUGGCGCGGCGCCGGCGGGGGUUUGCAGGCGGACCCGAGCGGCGUGUGAGGCCGGUUGUUCGCCCGAUGGCCGUGUGAUGUCGCCACUAGUCUUCAGCGCGUGGCGAGGUGGCGCUGCCGUCACUUGCCCGCCGACGGCGACCGAAGACGAUGACGCCUGGUCUCGCUGUCUCCUGGACCCAGUCGCCGAGAUUAGAGGUGAUUUCGACCGCGGUCCGGUCGAAUCCAAUUCUGCUGUCUGUCGCCUCUGCCGGCUACUUACGAUAAGCCGACGGCCGUAAAAGCGCGGAGGACGACGGCCAAAUGCGUCCCGCGGGGGGCCGCCGCCGGCCGAGACGAGCCCGGGACGGCCGGCGGCUGGUGCGGCUCGUAAGCCGGGUCGGCGCUGCUGACGCGGCGGCGGCGACUGGGAGGUCCCGGCCGGCCGGUCAGCCUCCCUGGAGCCGUCUCCGGUGACCUACUGCUGACGGCCGGGGCGCCAGAACGCCGCUCGGCGCCACACGCCGGCCGGGCUCUAUGAAUACUGCAGGCAGCGUCGAAGCGGCGCUUGUAGAUCCCGGAUGCGCACAAAACUUAAGACCAGCGCUUGCCGUAUCGUGAUGACUCGCGACCAUGUAUCAUUGCCGCCAUCCACGUGCGUCGGGAUUGCGCUAUUCCAGUUGCGGGCCGCGUGCAAUUGAUCGAUAUGCAAUGCCGAGUUGUCGGUGAGCGUGCCGGCGCUUAAAAAUAUCGGAAAGCCAAGCUCUGGCUGAAAAUAUGCAGCUGACUUCAGCUCCACCUAUACCUGAUGAUGGCGUUAUAAAUACCGUCGCUCGUGCAGACCUGACUGGCCUCAAAGUCGGCCUCAGACGUGCGACGUGCGCAUCGCGAGCCGAAGGCUGAUGCUGCGGGGGCACAGCGCGUGCCGUUUGCCGGUGCGCGUGAUCGACGACGGCGAUGUGCGGCGCCGCGGCGGCGGCCGCCGGCAGGAUUGCGACAUCUUAACACGCGGGUGCCUUCAAAACCAAUCACAGGGCCGCACCGGAAUCGUGUAAGCAGAAACGUCGCGGCGAAGUGAAUCCCGGGCGGCCGGGCGUGCCCUCAUUAUGCAUCCCCAUCAGCUAGC